UUGUCAUUUUAAUGAGAAUUUAAAACAGGUUCUGCACACAGUUUUGACUUGUGUGUAUUCCGUAUCUUAGCAGCCAGACGCUGCGAAAAACGCGCCGCCUCCAAUCGAUCCCGGCUGCUGUUUGUAGCUGUUAGAAAAAACACAUUUUGGUGCACCCAACAAAUUGACCCAGAUCCCCACUUUGCAUUACAUUAACUCACAGAUGUCUUAACUGUUUAAAAGAACAGAACUUUGUUUUUCGUUUUUUGUAAUUGAAAAACGUGGAAUGUCUUACGGUAUCUGUCCUCUGCCUAAUUAAUAAGGAGGUCGUUUGCAUAUUAAACUGGACAGAUAGAAUAAUAGUUUAAUUUAUUGACAACAAAAUCUCAAACUGAAAAGGUCUCGAAGUGAACUCGCGUCCCAUGCUGCGCUGGACCCUGGAUUGCGAAAGCCGAGGACCAGUAGAAGUCCCCGCACCCUACUUUCGACAGCCACUGACCAACUAGCGCAACAGUAGAGUUUUCUAUUUGUGCAGUCAGGUUUUUUUUUUAUUUUCGUUUUUGACUUCAUGUUGAAGUCCACGUUUGAUGGUGUUAGGAAGUGAAACCUGUAACCGGUCGGGAGGAUAAAUGGCGCCGCUCUCUUCGGUCUCCUCCCCACGCGGCGCUGCGUGAGACGAUUCCUCCAGAAUGUCCGAACACGAGUUCCUGGUCUCCGAGGAGACCCGGGACGCUCCUCGUUACGAAGUGUCCUCCUGCAGAGGACGGCCACCUCCACCCUACCCCGCUGCCCCGGCGAAGUGCCCUCCGUCCAACGGCGAGACGACUCGCAUCCUCCAGCCUGCCGCCGGGUACGAGUCCCUGCGGGACUUCCCGUCGGACUCCACUCCGCUGAUGGCCUCGUCUUCUUUCGACGACGCGACCGUGAGAAGAGCGUUUGUUAGAAAGGUGUUCAGCAUCCUGACUCUCCAGCUGCUGUUCACCUUCGGCGUGGUGUGCGUGUUCACCUUCUCCAGCCGCGUCAAAGAGGCGGUGCAGACCAACCUGUGGCCCUACGUCAGCUCCAUCGUCGUCUUCCUGGUGGUCGCCGCGGCCCUCAGCUUCUGCAAGUCCUUCAGGCGACGCCACCCCUGGAACAUCGUGGGAUUGGUCGCGGUCACCCUGAGCUUGUCCUACAUGGUGGGAACCGUCGCCUCCUUCCACGACACCACCGCCGUCGUCAUCACCGUGGGGGCCACGGCGGUCAUCUCUGUGGCCCUCAUCGCGUUCUCCGCACAGGCUCGUUACGACUUCACGAUGUGGAGCGGUGUCCUGCUGGUUCUAGUGGCGGACGUGAUCAUAUUCGGGUUCUUCUGCACCUUCUACUACUCGCACGUCGGCGAAGUGGCCUACGGGUGUCUGGGCGCUCUGCUGUAUUCGCUGGUACGGUUCCUGAUGGUGGACUGUCAGCUGAUGAUGGGGACGAUGAGCUACCGCCUGGAUCCAGAGGAAUACAUCAGUGCUGCUCUCACCAUCUACCUGGACGUAAUGCUCAUCUUCCUCUACCUGCUGGGGAGGAGAUGAAAGCAGAACACAGACGGACGGACACAAAAUACAGAAAUUGGUUGUUUAAAAAAAAACAAAAAAAAAAACAUUUUUACUAGAAUUAAAAAUUCACAGGUAAAGGGAGUUGUACAAACUUUGGAUCCGUCAAAGGCCACUUUGGCUUCAGUGUGCAGACAUUCAGCCAAAUGUGUUCUGCAUUGUUUUGCUCAUUAAAUGUAAUCAUUUAAAAGUGCCCAAUACAGUUUUCCAAAAUUCAAAGGUGGCGUCUUUAUUUUCAGGCAUCCUAUUAGACAUUUCAGAUGUUAUUUCUUUAUUGUGCCAAAGGGAAAGUUUAAAAAAUGGUUCACUUGAACGCACGUCGACGUUGAAAUGCGGAGAAAGACACUGUAAAUUGUUUGAAUGCAGUUUUGAAAAAAACGUUACAUUUUCUUACUUAAAAGAGGAAGAAAAUGAGCAACAUCUACUGUACGUAGUUGACCUCACUUGUGCACUGUUGUCUUGUCUGUCUACUGUCGCGCACUAACCGCCAAGACAAAUUCCUUGUAUGUUUGGCAUAUUUUGGCAAAUAAAUGUUUCCUGAUUCCUCAACGCAAAUGGUGUCCGUCAAAUUGUCUUCCUCUGUCUUUCAACCAGCUGUUUUCAAUUGUAAACUUUCAAUUAAAACAUUUAAUUGAUUUUGAACUUGAAAUAGCAGAUUACAAUGACGUCACACUUGUUACCAUUUACCUUCCCUUGAUGUCAGACAUUUAGACAUCUGGAAACGGGCUCAACACGAACAACUGACAUGUUUCUGCUGGAUGAAAGCUGAAACAUAAUUAUGGUCCCAUUUUGAUAAACGCUAAUUCGCUGACGUGUUCUGUGUUUUGGUUUGUUACUUGUCGGGAUGAGCGAGUGCUUCUCCACAUCUGACCAAGGAAACAAUGGUGAACUUUGCAGGUUCCCGUCAGAUUUGUCUCUGCUUCACUUCCUGGCAACAGGGAGUGGAUCGUUCCACCGGGUGCUACGCAAAUGAAUGUAUGUACCAACCUACAGGUUUUACUCCUGUUGUCUCGUCCUCGCUCAGCACUGCGUGGUGCACAGCCCGUCACACAGUUUCCUCCAGAAUGUCCAACUCAUCCGAGCCCCUCGUCUCCAAAGGGACCCAGGACGCUCCUCGUUAUGUGUCCUCACCACCACCAGCGGCUCCACCAGUCCUCUCCUGCAAAGGACCUCCAUCUCCAUCCUUCCCUGCAGCCCCGGCAACGUGCCCUCCGUCCAAAACGGAGAUGACUGGCAUCCAUCAGCCUGCUGCCGGGUACGGCUCCCUCCUGGACUUCCACCCCGAGGCCUCGCCGGACACAACUCUGCUGAUGGACUCGUCUUCUUUUGAUGAGGAGAAAGCGAGGAGAGCGUUUGCUAAAAAGGUGUUCUGGGUCCUGACCCUCCAGAUGUUGUUCUCCUUCGCUGUCUUGUGUGCGUCCUUCUCCAUCGGGAAGGACUACGUCAGCUCCCUGCUCACCGUCAGCGGCUUCGCCGCCGGCCUCAGCAUCUGCAAGUCCUUCAGCCGACGUCACCCCUGGAACAUCGCGGGAUGGACUCAUCAUCACGACGUUUGGGACGGUCUUCUGAUGACUCUGACCGUGGACGUGGUGGCGUUUGCGUUCCUACAUCUUUUACUCCCUCGUCACCUUUGACCCGGAGGUGCAACGGUUUUACCAGCGAUGAUGGUUAUAUUCUAUAAUAAGAAUAAUAUUACACACAAUCCUCAUCUUCCAGCUGGGGAGGAAGUGAAACUAAAGUGCAUUCACACACAAGGGAGGCCGACACGUCACGUUUAAAAUGUCUUUAUUAUUUCUAUACACUGUAACUCCUCUAUUAACUAAAAUAGGAUUUCUGCUGUUCAUUUCUCUUUUUACAUAUAAAGUUCAUUAAAAAUGUUUGUACUGUA